AUGACAACUACAUCAUCCACCAAUUUCGACGAAUUCCAACGCUACCGUAUCCCGAACCACUACGUCCAGUGGUAUGAGCUAGAACCGACUUUCAAUGUGUUUUCCAAUCCGAAUCCAAUGAAUUCAUCUGGAAACAACUGUACGACGUCCCAGGAAUCUGGGGAUCAGAAGAAGAAGAAGAUACGAUCCACGUCCGCCUACGCUCUCUUCUUCCGUGAGAAGCAGUCGAUGGAGAAACGGGCGGCGCCAUACGCGAAUUUCGGUCAAAUUUCACAAAGUAUCGCGAGACAAUGGGAAAUGCUCAGUGAGCAAGAGAAAAAUAUUUAUAAGCAGCGAUGUGAGAAAAGCCGAAAAACAAGCAUCGCAAAUGCCGUGGAAGAGAGAGCCAGGAAGUUGAUGAUGGCUGCUACACAGAAACUACAGUAA